AACAAAACAAGACUUGGGGAAGGGAGUUUAAUCGCAGAGAAGCUCCACGAGGCCUGAGGAAGUUCAGAACUGCAAUUUCCCUCGCCUUCUUCAUACUCAGCUCCUCGUUGAUUUUCCCCCCAAAAUCAAUGAAUUCUAAUAAUUUCUUGUUACUGCAAUCAUGAUCGGAUUUUCGAUUUCUUCUUCGUCUAUCUCCUUCUUCGUCAUCUUCGUCCCCAUCUUUAUCUCCAUUUCUGUUUUCCAAUUCAACCCCUCAUCCGAUCACACCGUAUUCCAAACCCUAACUCGAAACUACUCACCCAACGAUCCAUUUACGUCCAAGAACGUCACUGAUGGGAACCGAGUCUCGCAGAAGAACUACAUUGUUCGCUUCGUCCAAUACAGGGAGGCGAAGGAGCAUCGAUUUUAUCUGGAGUCACGUAUUAGAUCGGGCGGCUGGAAAUGGAUCGAGAGGCGGAACCCUGCGUCCAAGUAUCCAACCGAUUUUGGCUUGGUAUCAAUUGAGGACUCGGUGGUAAGGGAGCUGGUUGAGGAGAUUGAGGAAUUUGAGCUUGUCAAGGACGUGAAUGUCGAUGCAAGCCACGUCAGGGGUUUGCUAGCGGAGGGUGGGGGUAGAAUUGGGGCUUUUGUUGACGGGAAGAAGCGUCCGGGGAAGAUUUUCACCUCCAUGUCUUUUAACGAAGGAGGUGGGGAACGUUAUACGGCAAUUAGCAAUGCCUCUAAUAGAUGGGGACGGCAUCUGUCGAUGCAGAGAUCUCAAGUCACCUCAUUAUUUGGAGCAGACUCUCUUUGGGCAAAGGGGUAUACUGGUUCCAAAGUCAAGAUGGCUAUAUUCGAUACUGGUAUUCGUGCUAAUCACCCACAUUUUAGGAAUAUCAAGGAGCGAACAAAUUGGACCAAUGAAGAUACUUUAAAUGAUAAUCUUGGACAUGGGACAUUUGUUGCUGGUGUCAUUGCUGGUGGGGAUGAAGAAUGUCUAGGGUUUGCUCCAGAUACGGAGAUAUAUGCUUUUCGUGUGUUUACAGAUGCACAGGUGUCAUACACUUCAUGGUUCCUCGAUGCAUUCAACUAUGCAAUUGCUACCAAUAUGGAUGUAUUAAAUUUGAGCAUUGGUGGACCAGAUUACUUAGAUCUUCCAUUUGUGGAGAAGAUUUGGGAAAUAACGGCAAAUAAUAUCAUCAUGGUUUCUGCAAUUGGGAAUGAUGGACCACUUUACGGGACCUUAAACAAUCCUGCAGAUCAGAGUGAUGUCAUUGGUGUUGGUGGUAUCGACUACAAUGAUCACAUUGCUUCGUUUUCCUCACGUGGCAUGACUACUUGGGAGAUGCCUCAUGGUAAUGGUCGUGUGAAGCCAGAUGUUGUUGCAUAUGGUCGGGAAAUUAUGGGAUCAAAAAUUAGUACUGGGUGCAAAAGUUUAUCAGGCACUAGUGUGGCAAGUCCUGUGGUUGCUGGUGUGGUAUGUCUGCUUGUUAGUGUCAUCCCUGAAAGCCAGCGGAAGACUAUUUUAAAUCCGGCUAGCAUGAAACAAGCACUUGUUGAGGGAGCUGCAAAGCUUGCUGGUCCUAAUAUGUACGAGCAAGGUGCUGGCAGAGUUGAUCUGUUAGAAUCGUAUGAAAUACUUAAGAGCUACCAACCUCGGGCAAGCAUCUUCCCUGGUGUUCUUGACUAUACAGAUUGCCCUUAUACAUGGCCCUUUUGUCGCCAACCUCUUUAUGCUGGUGCAAUGCCUAUUAUUUUCAAUGCUACCAUUUUGAAUGGAAUGGGUGUAAUUGGCUAUGUUGAAGGUCAACCAACUUGGAAUCCUUCGGAUGAAGAAGGAAAUCUCUUAAGUAUUCACUUCACUUAUUCUAAGGUUAUCUGGCCUUGGACUGGUUACAUUGCACUUCAUAUGCAAAUUAAGGAGGAAGGUGCACAAUUUUCUGGAGAAAUUGAGGGCAAUGUGACUCUAACAGUAUAUAGUCCUCCAUCUAGAGGAGAGAAGAACCGCCGGAUUAGUACUUGUGUGCUACAGCUGAAGUUAAAAGUAGUUUCAACACCUCCAAGAUCAAAACGAAUUUUAUGGGAUCAAUUUCAUAACAUCAAAUAUCCUCCUGGUUAUAUUCCUAGAGAUUCCUUGGAUGUACGCAAUGACAUUCUGGACUGGCAUGGAGACCACCUGCAUACAAAUUUUCAUAUCAUGUUUAACAUGUUAAGAGAUGCUGGAUACUAUGUUGAAACGCUUGGUUCUCCUCUAACAUGCUUUGAUGCCCGCCAAUAUGGGACACUUUUACUAGUGGAUCUUGAAGAUGAGUACUUCAAAGAGGAAAUUGAAAAGUUGAGGGACGAUGUUAUGAUUACUGGAUUGGGGUUGGCUGUGUUUUCUGAAUGGUAUAAUGUAGAAACAAUGGUAAAGAUGAGGUUUUUCGAUGAUAACACAAGAAGCUGGUGGACUCCAGUUACUGGAGGUGCAAAUAUUCCUGCACUAAAUGAUCUUUUAGCCCCAUUUGGUAUUGCUUUCGGGGAUAAGAUUUUGAAUGGUGAUUUUUCUAUUGAUGGUGAACAGAGUCGGUAUGCAUCAGGAACAGAUAUUGUGAGGUUUCCACGAGAUGGUUAUGUGCAUAGUUUCCCUUUCAUUGAUAGCUCAGAGAGUGGGGCGGCUCAGAGCAUUCUAACAUCUAGCCUGAGUAAGGCAGACUUUCCAAUUCUUGGCCUAUUAGAGGCAGGAGAAGGCCGCAUUGCAGUCUAUGGAGAUUCAAAUUGUCUAGAUAGCAGCCAUAUGGUUACAAAUUGCUAUUGGCUCCUGAGAAAAAUAUUAGAUUUUACCAGUGGAAAUAUUAGAGAUCCGGUGCUAUUCACCAAGUUUUCCAAACAAAAUUCACCUCUAUAUCUUGAAGAUAACAAACUUCCAUCUCGAAGAAGCGAUGUAAAUUUCUCUUUGUAUUCUGCUGUUUCUGGAAAGGAAUUGAUAUGCAUGAGUGAUUCUAGGUUUGAAGUAUGGGGUACCAAGGGAUACAGUGUACAGGGCAGGGGAAGGAAUAGAAGGCUGCCUGGAUUUCCCUUAAUUGACUUGGGAAGAGACUUGAAUUCUACUCCAGAAAGUUCUUUGAUGGGACCUCCCAAGUUGACUUUAAAGGACCGAAGUGAUAAAUAUGGAAACCGAUACUUAAGCUUGUUCUACCGGGAUGAGCCUGACAUGCCUUUGAUUGUUCCUAAUCAUUGGCUUGUUCCUGCUGUAGUUGCAGUCGCAGGGCUUUUGCUUCUUUUGAGUUUUUGGCGAAUUAGACAGAAGCGCCGACGCCGACGAAGAGGAUCGGGAUCUGCUCCACGUUUUUCCAACCUCUAGUCAGUGGAGAAAUUUUGUAGUUUCCAAAGUAUAAUAUACCUUCCAGGAAGGAAUUUUUGAUGUAAAAUCUAGACGCGUAAAUGUUGUGUAGCACCCAUAGUAAUAGAUGUGUUACAAUAUGGUGAGUUGAAAAUUUGAAGAAGCAAUUACUGUAUUACUUAGAGUUUGAUCGCCGGAUCUCAACCCAGGAGGCAAGACUCUAAUUGCUAGACAACUUCCAAUUGGUAUAAUAUUUGAGAAUUGAGAUCUAAAUGCGUUAGAAUGCAAAAUUGUUUGUUUGGUAAGACUACUUGGAAAUUAGAA